GGGCCGCGAUGGCUGCCGCCGUGGAGCGGCGGCUGGCCGAGUUCCGCGCCGCCCGUGGCAGAACAGCUGCCUCGCCGUGCUCCGCGGAGCCGCCGGGAAAGGCCGCGGCUCCAGAGGCCGCCGAAGGACAGCGGGCCGCCGCGGCGGGCCCGGGCGGCGGCGCUCAGGCCGGUCCCGGCGGGGUGGCGGCGGCGGCACCUCCAGUGUGGGCGCGUCCUCUGCUGUUGAAAGUGCUGCUCUGGGCGGUGCUGCUGGCACUGUUCGCGGAGUUGGAGCUGGGGCUGCCGUACUUCGUCCUUUCCCUGCUCUACUGGAUGUACGCUUGCACCCGCGGCCCCGCCGAGCGGCGACGGGGCGAGCUGAGCGCCUACUCUGUUUUCAAUCCCGGCUGCACCCCCAUCGCCGGGACGCUGACGGCCGAGCAACUGGAGCGGGAGCUGUAUUACCGACCCGCCGCUGGAAGGUAGCGACCGCCCCAGCGGCCCGGGGAGCACCAGGGCUGCCGGGGACAGUCGCUUUCCUGUGGUGCCCCCCGCCACCUCCCAUCCUCGUACCACGGACCCGAGGGAAGGGUUUAGAGAGGAGGAAAAGGGUCGGGGUUUUGUAUGCACAACGCCAUUUCUCCUUGUACACUUGGCCAGGUUUCCCCAUGCACAGUUCAGUGCUGAAUAAAGCCGCAGCAAAGCGUGCGCUCUGGUCUCGUUUCUCGGCCGAGGGGCGGGCAGCUGGUAAUUCGGCCGCUGUUGAAGCGGCACCGAGAGACGCGGCUGUAGCUGUCAACGAGUCAGCUGGUGAAUUUCAGCUCCCGCUGACCUUUGCCACUGGUAAGAGGGCCGGGGCUUGACACCUUUAGCGGAAUACCCAAGUGCCUUUCUUCCCAGCACUGACUAGAAUCCUUUCGGAAGGAAAGACACGUGGCACCGUCACUGUACUUGAAGUAGGCAGAUGUGUCUCUCUGCACUACUGUCCUUCAUCUAACACAUAGAUAAGGAAA